AUGGGCAAGAGGGCAGCUGACUUGGCGACCGCGUCGCCUGCGAAGAAGGCGGCGGCGGCCUCACCAGCCGCCGCGGCCUCUCCAGCCGCUGCCUCUGACGCGUCACCAGCCGCAGCCGCUGCGGCCUCUCCAGCCGCUGCCUCUGGCGCGUCACCAGCCGCUGCGGCCUCACCAGCCGCUGCCUCUGGCGCGUCGCCCGCCGCUGGCUCUGGCGCGCCGCCGGCCGUCGCCUUUGGCGCGCCGCCUGCCCCGCUGCGCAUCAAUCAGCUCCUCGAGAUGGAGGGCGCGUCGACGCAGCAAGGUGCUGUCAAGGACUGGGUGCGCCAAGUGAAGGGCUACGUCGACCAGGCUUUGCUCAUCUUCCUGGAGCUGCGCAAGCGCGAGGUGUCCUUCGCGGUGCCCGCCCAGUGUUCUUUGAUUGCGCCGUUGGCCAUCACUGAUGUUGCCUCUGGCGCUAACCUCGCUUCGUUUCGCGAGGUCAUGGACUUCGACAACCUGGUUGCGAGCUUCUCCCGCGCCAAGGAGUACGAGGCAGCGGGGGCGGUGUGGAUGUUGGACCCGGUUUGCGCGGACAUCGACGACGUCACCGUAAGUCAGCUCGAGGGUGCCGCGAGCAUCUGGUCGGAGGAGACGUUCCUCAUCUCCUCCAAGCACGCGCCCUCGCGGCGCCUGACCUUCGACGCGCCUCUCCCCGCCUUGGUGGUCGACGCUCAGGUCGCCCAGCGCCUUGAGCCCGGCAAGCCUGGAGCUUGCUUGACAGAGCCUCUGGCCACGAUCGCGGGCCGCGCGGCGGUGAUCGCGUGGUAUUCUGCCAUGGGCGAGGCGCUCAAGGAGUCGAACGAGGACCGCGUGUGGCAUCUGUUCAAUGCCGCGUUGUCCGCCCCCAUCAGGACGCGCGCGCUGCCCGAUGCGGGCGCGACCCACUUGGCGGCCCUGAGUUUUGGAGAGAAGAUGUUCACUGCGAGCGCUGCCUCUGGCGCAGAUAGCUUCUGGCGGUUCGCAGAAAAAACGCGCCGCUUGACGAGCGCGCGAGCCAGUCUCGCCAAAUCGGAAGCAGUGGCGAGGCUGGAGGCUGCGCUGAAGGCCUACGGCCUCCCCGCCUGCGCCUCGGCUUUCUCGCUGGCCGAAGAAUAUAUCCCAGAGCUUCGCGAACCUACGCUUCUCAUGAAGAUCGGCUUCGCGUGCUCCAAAAGGGCUGUCUCUGACGACAAGGCCAGGGGAUUGUUCGUUUUCAUCCUGAACACUUUCCGCGGCGAGGAACUGGCCGUGGGCUGGGUCUGCGGGCGCGAUUGUAAAUCGCCAGGGAUGCCCCGCGCGCUCUUCAAGAACAAUGAGCUCGUCGAGUACAUUUUCUACGAGGCCUCUCUCAUGCACAAGGAACAUGGGCGCGAAAUGGCCGCGUUCAAAACACCUUUCCGCAUCCUCCAGCGGUUCGCUGCCUCUGGCGCGGAUGGGCUCGUGGCUUCGCACCGCGUGUCCGACUCAGGCGGCGGCGCCGACGGGAAGGAGAUAUUGUUCGCGCGGCCCGUGGCUGAGUAUCGGAACACCGUGGAUUGCAAGUCGGAGGCGAUGAUCGACGUCGCGUAG